AUGAUGUUCCUCCCCGUCUUAGCCUACACCGUCCCACCACCCUACAUCUACCGAAGCUUACUCUUCUCCUCCAACCCACAGGGCAAAGUAGCUGAGCUACGCGCGGAGCUCACGGCGCCGGGCGGAAAGAAGGACAAGAACUUCUUGACCAAGAAGAUCGCGCUGAAGAAGAUUGUGGCCAACAUGACGAUGAGUAAUAAUGAUAUGGUUGCACUGUUUCCGGAUGUUGUGGAUACGAUGGGAUUGCCGAGCUUGGAGAUUAAGAAGAUGUGCUUCUUGUUCUUGGUCAACUAUGCGCGGGCGAAGCCUGAAGUAGCACUCAGAGCAUUGCCUAUAUUGCUCAAGGAUCUCGAAGACUCGAAUCCGCUCAUGCGCGCGCUCGCCCUCCGGACCCUUUCGUAUAUCCACGUCAGGAACUUCGUCGAAGCGACCGUCCAACCGUUGAAGUCACUGCUUAAGGACAAUGACCCAUACGUGCGGAAAACCGCGGCUUUCACGGUGGCGAAGCUGUACGAUCAUGAUCGAGUGCUUGUCGAAGGUAGCGAUCUCAUCGACAGGCUCAACCUCAUGCUGCGGGAUGAAAAUCCAACAGUUGUCUCGUCUGCGCUGGCUGCGCUGAUGGACAUCUGGGAGAGGAGCGAAAGCAUUAAACUCACAAUUGACUACACGAACGCCAGCAAGAUCGUGCAGAUAUUACCCGACUGCUCCGAAUGGGGCCAAACAUACAUUCUCGAAGCACUCACAUCCUACGUACCGCAAGACACAAGCGAAGCCGCCCUCCUUGCCGAGCGCAUCACUCCACGACUGUCCCACACCAACUCUGCCGUUGUCCUGACCUGCAUACGAGUGAUCCUCUACCUUAUGAACUAUAUCGACUCCGACAAGACCGUAUCGAGCUUGUGCACGAAGCUUAGCCCGCCUCUCGUCACACUCUUGAGCAAAGGUCCGGAGAUCCAGUAUCUGGCACUGAGGAAUGCUCUGCUCAUCCUCCAGCGACGGCCAGAAGUUCUCCGCAAUGACGUCCGGCUAUUCUUCUGCAAGUACAAUGACCCGAUCUACGUCAAAGUCACCAAGCUGGAACUCAUCUUCAUGCUCGCGACCGAGAGGAACAUUAAGGAAGUUCUCACGGAAUUGCGAGAGUAUGCCACUGAGAUUGACUUGCACUUCGUCCGGAAGUCGGUUCGAGCGAUUGGGAAGCUGGCCAUCAAGAUCGAGCCGGCGGCGAAGCUUUGCAUCAACACAUUGCUCGAUCUCGUGGCGACGAAAGUGUCGUAUGUGGUGCAGGAAGCUACGGUUGUCAUCAAGAACAUCUUCCGAAAGUACCCGAACCAGUAUGAGUCGAUUAUUGCGACGUUGUGCGAGAAUCUGGACUCCCUGGAUGAGCCUGAGGCGAAGGCAGCUAUGAUCUGGGUCAUCGGUCAAUAUGCCGACCGCAUCGACAACUCCGACGUCCUACUCGAAGACUUCCUAGACAGCUGGCAAGACGAGACCCACGAAGUCCAACUUGCGCUCCUCACUGCAGCAGUCAAACUCUUCAUCCAACGCCCAACGAAAGGCGCCGAGAUCGUGCCCAAAGUCUUGAAGUGGGCGACUGAGGAGACCGACAACCCCGACCUCCGAGAUCGAGGUUACAUGUACUGGCGCCUCCUAUCCUCAAACCCAACCGCGGCCAAAGGCAUCGUCAUGGGCGAGAAACCACCCAUCACCGCCGAAAGCGAGAAGCUCGACCCCGUGACGCUGGAAGAGAUGUGUCUCGUAGUCGGCACGCUGGCCACCGUCUACCUCAAACCCGUCCACACUGUCUUUCGCUCCACCCGACCACGAAGACUCCAAGAAAGCCCCGCCCUCCAACGCAACAAACUGCCCUCCUACCAAGCCGCGCAGCAAGCCAAACUCCUUUCCGGUGGUAUCCACACCAACGGCGUCACGAACGGCCAACCACCGAACGGCGACGUGCUAGACGAAGCAGACGCCUACUUCGCUUCCGUGGGCGGCUCGUCGUUCGCUGUCUCAGCAUCUGGCGAUUUUGCGGGUAGCCCGACGGCCGUGGCGGGUCGAGGAGGCGAGCAGAUGUACGUGGUGAAUCAGGGACAGGGGUUGGGGCAGAUGGGGACGACGCAGCAUGCGGUGCAGAGGGAUGAUGGGGAGGGGGAUUUGUUGAGUUUUUGA